AUGUGGACGGACAUCCACACCCUACCAGAGACGAAUCCACUCCGCAACACCACUUCCCGGAUGCGCAAGUUCCGGAGAUCCUACCGCUCGCCUUUCUUUCAGGUAGCAGAUCUCCUCAAGGACGUCCCAUUGGACAGCCUCGAAACCAUCGCUCCCGUCGUAUUAGCGCCUUGGGAGAGGCGAGUCCGCACUACGGUUGACAGAACGGGCAUCCAGCAAAAAGAGACAGAGUGGGCGGUCCGGAUCGCCGUAAGCAGCUCCGCACGAAACAACAUGGUAGGGAUCGGAGGAGUCGUCCGUCUCCCGCUGCCGAUGCGAGAUGGCUCAAGGAACGAAGCCUUUAGUGUGACGCUGGGCUCCAGGUACCGAAAGAUCAUCCUUGCCACCAGCAACAAGGCAGCCGUGAUGGCCUUGGAGCGACCACACCAGCAAUCAGGACAACAAUAUCUCUGUCAGGCGUACGAUGCGAUAAGUGCCUUACGCAAGGCGGGAAACACGAUCUCGGUCGUCUGGAUCCAAGCGGGUACCAAAAACGAGCUCCUGAACACAGCCAAAGCGAAAUCAAGGGAAGCAACGCGGCAGGACGCUACGCCACAAACGCAGGAUCCUGCCAUGCGGUCAACAGCCCUCCGUAUCGCAUGGGCAAAGCGGGCACCGCCCACGUCCUUACCUGACAAAGUGGGCAGACAUUCCAAGAGAGUCGAUAUAGCGUUACCAGGGAAGCACACCCAACUAUUAUACGACCACCUGUCCCGAAGCGAGGCCGGCGUGCUUGCUCAGCUUAGAACAGGCAUGGCCAAGCUCAACACAUACCUGCAUCGCAUCAAAGCAGCACCGUCAGAUCAGUGUACGUGUGGACAAGCCAGAGAGACAGUGGACCACUUCCUCUUCCGAUGCAAGCAAUGGGAUCAACACCGUAGGGAGAUGCUGCAAUGUACGGAUGUCCACAGGGGGAACCUCUCCUUCUACCUGGGAGGAAAGUCGCCCUCGGAUGACAAGGACUGGUCCCCCAACAUGCGGGCGGUGUCGGGCGACGAUACGUUUUGCCAUUGCCACAGGUCGUCUGAGGACAGAACAACAACAGAAUGA